AUGAGUGAAGAGCAAGAUCCGCUGUUGGCGGCUUUGAACGAGAGCAAUAACAAUGGGGGUAGUGGAGACAACGCCGCUGUAUCUGGGGAGGCUUCUGCCGAGCCAUUGGAGGCGGCACCUGAGCCAGAGCCCGUGGAUCCCGAGAAAGAAGCGUAUGAGAAGGCAUUGAGGCAUUUCAAGAAGAAGUUGAUGGAACACAGGAGGUAUGAUGACCAGUUGAAGCAGCGUCGCCAGACUAUACGGGAUUUGGAGAAGAUAUACGAUAAGACUGAGAACGAUAUCAAAGCGUUGCAGAGUAUCGGUCAAUUGAUUGGUGAAGUGAUGAAGGAGUUGUCGGAAGAGAAAUAUAUUGUGAAAGCGUCAUCAGGUCCUCGUUAUAUCGUAGGUGUCAGAAACUCGGUUGAUAGAUCGAAACUGAAAAAAGGUGUAAGAGUGACAUUAGAUAUUACCACUUUAACCAUUAUGCGAAUCUUACCCCGUGAAACUGACCCAUUGGUUUACAACAUGACCAGUUUCGAGCAGGGUGAGAUAUCUUUCGAGGGUAUCGGUGGUUUGACCGAUCAAAUUAGAGAACUAAGAGAAGUCAUUGAGCUGCCAUUGAAGAACCCGGAAAUUUUUCAAAGAGUUGGUAUAAAACCUCCAAAGGGUGUCUUGUUAUAUGGACCACCUGGUACGGGUAAGACCUUGCUCGCCAAAGCUGUCGCCGCUACAAUUGGUGCAAAUUUCAUUUUUUCACCAGCUUCUGGUAUUGUGGAUAAGUAUAUUGGUGAAUCUGCCCGUAUUAUUAGAGAAAUGUUUGCAUAUGCCAAAGAGCACGAGCCUUGUAUCAUAUUUAUGGAUGAAGUUGAUGCUAUCGGUGGUCGUAGAUUCAGUGAAGGUACUUCGGCAGACAGAGAAAUUCAAAGAACAUUGAUGGAAUUGCUGACACAGAUGGAUGGUUUCGAUAAUUUGGGACAGACAAAGAUUAUUAUGGCCACAAACAGACCCGAUACGUUAGAUCCAGCCUUGUUAAGACCAGGUAGACUCGAUAGAAAAAUUGAAAUCCCCUUGCCAAAUGAGGCCGGAAGACUGGAAAUAUUCAAGAUUCAUACGUCAAAGGUGAAGAAGAGUGGUGAAUUCGAUUUCGAUGCAGCCGUUAAAAUGAGUGAUGGUUUCAAUGGUGCUGAUAUUCGUAACUGUGCCACAGAAGCUGGUUUCUUUGCCAUCAGAGAUGACCGUGAUCAUAUUAUUCCAGAAGAUUUAAUGAAGGCGGUGAGAAAGGUCGCAGAAGUCAAGAAACUGGAAGGUACUCUCGAGUAUCAAAAAUUAUGA